AUUACGGUGACUGGAGGCUGCUCAGUGUCUGAGAGCAGCCCGGGAACGCAGCCACCACUAAGCGCUGCACAGAGGGACCCCCCCCACCCAGCCCCCAGCCCCAGCUAGGAGCCUGGGCAGGGCUCGAUUAUAUAACACUCCCUCCCAUUUGCAAGCGUUUCCACGACCAAGCGUGAGUAGAGGCUCUUCGCUCUUGCGUGCCGCACCUGGGGAGCUCCAAGCACUGGGCCAAGGCAGAUCGGCCAUCAACCCCGGCCCUGCUCUCGGGAGAGGAAAAUGAAAAGCCCUCUGGUGCUGACGGUGCUGCUGUCCUUAGCGGUGGCCAAGCUGUGUCACACCUACUGCGAAGGGACCCAGGAGCAACAGACGAGCAGAGGGAUCCAGACAAAGCCGAGCUCAGACCUCUACCAGCUGCCCACGGCCCUGCUCAAGAGACUCUACGAUGGCCACCGGGUCUCCUACGAGGCGCUGCUGCAGCUGGCGGGCAAGGACGAUGCCCGUCCCAAGAUGCCCGUCCCCUCUCAGAAACGGGACAUGCACGACUUCUUUGUCGGCCUCAUGGGGAAAAGGACCCCGGAGCCCGAUGACCCCACACACGGGAACAAGGAGACUUCCGCUGGAUUUGGUGACCUCAAAUAUCCCCCAAAUGCAGAAUGAGGUGCCCACGCCGGGGACAAGCAAAACGUCUGCAGGGCGUCGAGAAACUGAGACGAAGCCGCUCUCCAAAGCCCGCCGCACUCUCAACUGAACGGGAACCCUCCUGCCAUGUCGUGGAGAACUCUCCCCUCGUCCCAUUCCGGCCUGCGCCUCGUCCUAAUGCUAGUGCUCGCUCUUUGGAAAUAGAGUAAUGCCCCCGCCCCUCCGUGUGCACCGACCGCAGACACCCCGGGCAGCCAGCAGAACCCCCUUUGUGGCGUAGAUUAAAAACACCCUUGACUAGUCAAUAACACCACGAUUUUUACUUGUGAGCUGCCCUGUCUCUCAGCUGCUUUGCCUGAUGUUUCCUAGGAUUGGGUUGUUUGCUGAAGCCCCAGUCACGUGUCCAGGAUACCACCGUGCUGGGCGCUGGACGGACACAGAAUGAAAAGCCAAGCCCUGCCCCAUGCCUAGGAACACUCCUUUGCAGAGGGAAAUGUUCUCCAGGUGGGAGCAGGGGUAUUAAGGCUCGUGCUUCAGGGCUUACUCUGAUUUCUGACUAUAAAAGACCAGGUUUGUGCUAUGCAAGGCAUCAAUGCAGUUCAGGGUUCCUAUGCCUUCCUCUCUAGCCUCUGGCGCUGGCCACUGCCAGAGACAGGAUACUGGGCGAGGUGGCCCACAGGUCUGAUCCAGCCCCGCAAUUCCUAUGCUCCUCGGCACAGAGAGGUCAGGUGAUUUGCCCAAAGUCCAGUGAGGAGCAGAGCUGGGAAUAGAAUCCGGAUGUCCUAAUGCCCAAUCCUGGGCUUGAAACUUUCUCUCUUCUCCCAUGCCUUAGUAACUAGGUACCUUCCCUAGCUUCUUGCAAUGUUGCCCAUCAAUGUGGUAUCCCAGCCUCAGAGGUAACAACCAAAAAAUCCCGCUUGGUUACUCUAGAGAGCUGGGCAGAACGUUUGCAAUUAAACUUUUUUUUUUCUUGUCAAAAUCUGCUGUUGAAACCGUGUGGCGAAGGCAUCUCUAUUUUGACAGGAA